AGCUGGCAUGUAUAUUGAUUAUUUUAGAUUAAUAUGAGCCACAUGUAAGGGUGUAGAAUGCCAAGUCAAUGUGAGUACAUUUCUACACAUAUCACGACUCAUUUAUUUGUCUUUUGAACUUGUGUACAUUUCUGAUUAUAUGGUUACUGUCACUACCCUUAGAGAAGACUUAUCUGCUAAAUGCCAAGUCAAUGCCUCACUCCCUUCUCAGCCUUUUCUACCACCACACACUCAGUUCAUUCAUAUAUCAACUUAUUUUCUUCAACAUAUUAUAGAAACAAACACAAUUAAGAAACAUCAAAAGCAACAUCUUUCAGACACAAAUCAGAUUUCCUCAAUUCUUGCAUCAUAUCAUGACACAACCUUCAUUGUCUGUCUCUUCUAGCUUCACCUAUGAUGUUUUCAUCAGUUUUAGAGGCAUAGAUACCCGCAACAAUUUCACCCGUGACCUCUACGAUAUUCUUUAUCAAAACGGUAUUCACACUUUCUUUGAUGAAGAACAAAUUCAAAAGGGAGAAGAGAUCACACCAGCACUUUUUCAAGCAAUUCAACAAUCUAGGAUUUUCAUUGUUGUUUUCUCUAACAACUAUGCUUCCUCAACUUUUUGUUUGAAUGAACUUGUUGUGAUCCUUGACUGUUCCAACACACAUGGACGCUUGCUUUUGCCUGUUUUUUAUGAUGUCGAUCCAUCACAAGUUCGCCACCAAAGUGGUGCUUAUGGUGAAGCUUUGGGAAAACAUGAGAAGAGGUUUUGUGAUGAUAAGGAUAAGGUGCAAAAAUGGAGAGAUGCUUUAUGUCAAGCUGCUAAUGUUUCUGGCUGGCAUUUCCAACAUGGGUCACAAUCAGAAUACAAAUUUAUUGGAAAUAUCGUUGAGGAAGUCACUAAGAAGAUCAAUCGGACUACUUUACAUGUUGCUGAUAACCCAGUUGCAUUAGAGUCUCCAAUGUUAGAAGUAGCAUCUCUUCUAGAUUCUGGACCUGAAAAGGGAACCAACAUGGUUGGAAUUUAUGGUAUCGGUGGUGUAGGUAAAUCAACAUUGGCUCGUGCAGUUUACAACCAUAUUUCUGAUCAAUUUGAUGGUGUGUGCUUUCUUGCUGGCAUAAGAGAAAGUGCAAUUAAUCAUGGUCUUGCACAACUCCAAGAAACGCUACUUUCUGAAAUACUUGGAGAGGAGGAUAUUAGAAUAAGAGAUGUUUAUAGAGGAAUUUCAAUUAUAAAAAGGAGGCUCCAAAGAAAAAAGGUACUUUUGGUUCUUGAUGAUGUUGACAAAGUGAAGCAGAUACAAGUACUUGCAGGAGGGCAUGAUUGGUUUGGCCCCGGCAGCAAGAUUGUAGUCACUACAAGAGACAAACAUUUGUUGGCUAUUCAUGAGAUUCUAAAUUUAUAUGAGGUUAAACAGUUGAAUCAUGAAAAAUCUCUUGAUUUGUUUAACUGGCAUGCCUUUAGAAACAGAAAAAUGGAUCCAUGUUACAGUGAUAUGUCAAACCGUGCAGUUUCUUAUGCUUCUGGCCUUCCAUUGGCUUUGGAAGUAAUAGGUUCUCACUUGUUUGGCAAAAGUUUAGAUGUAUGGAAAUCUUCAUUAGAUAAAUAUGAAAGAGUUCUUCACAAAGAGAUUCAUGAAAUUCUUAAAGUUAGCUAUGAUGAUUUGGAUGAUGAUCAGAAGGGUAUUUUUCUUGACAUCGCUUGUUUCUUCAAUUCUUAUGAAAUGAGCUAUGCCAAAGAAUUGCUAUACCUACAUGGUUUUAGUGCUGAAAAUGGAAUUCAAGUGCUGACCGACAAAUCCCUCAUAAAAAUUGAUGCCAAUGGUUGUGUGAGAAUGCAUGACUUAGUUCAAGACAUGGGCAGAGAAAUCGUGAGGCAGGAAUCAACUGUGGAGCCUGGCAGACGCAGUAGAUUAUGGUAUGAUGACGAUAUAGUUCAUGUUUUGGAAACAAAUAUGGGCACUGAUACAAUUGAAGUCAUAAUCAUCAACUUGUGCAAUGACAAAGAAGUGCAGUGGAGUGGAAAAGCCUUCACCAAGAUGAAAAACCUGAAAAUUCUUAUAAUUAGAAGUGCACGCUUUUCUAGAGGUCCUCAAAAACUACCAAAUAGUUUGAGAGUUCUAGAUUGGAAUGGAUACCCUUCACAAUCUUUACCAGCAGAUUUCAAUCCUAAGAAUCUUAUGAUACUUAGCCUUCCUGAAAGUUGUCUUGUAUCGUUCAAAUUGCUCAAGGUGUUUGAGUCCUUGAGCUUUCUGGAUUUUGAAGGUUGCAAGUUAUUAACUGAGCUGCCUAGCUUAUCUGGACUAGUUAAUUUAGGGGCACUGUGUCUUGACGAUUGCACUAAUUUAAUCAGGAUUCAUAAGUCGAUUGGUUUUCUCAAUAAACUCGUGCUACUGAGUAGUCAAAGAUGCAAACAGCUAGAACUUUUGGUGCCCAACAUCAACCUGCCAUCUCUAGAGACUCUAGAUAUAAGGGGUUGCUCGCGUCUCAAGAGCUUCCCUGAAGUAUUGGGAGUAAUGGAGAAUAUAAGAUAUGUUUAUUUAGACCAAACUUCCAUAGGUAAGUUGCCAUUUUCAAUUAGAAAUCUUGUUGGCCUCCGACAAUUGUUCUUGAGGGAGUGCAUGAGCCUAACUCAGCUACCGGAUAGUAUUCGUAUAUUGCCUAAACUCGAGAUAAUAACGGCUUAUGGUUGUAGAGGAUUUCGAUUGUUUGAGGAUAAAGAAAAGGUGGGUUCAGAAGUGUUUCCAGAAGCCAUGCUUGUUUGUAAAGAAGGAAGCGCGGAAUCGCUUGAUAUGUCCUCUCUUAACAUAUGCCCUGAUAAUGUCAUAGAAGUAUUUAGUACUUCAAUUCUUGAUGGUAAUGUUGUAUUAAUGAGAGAAGGGAUUGCUAAAGGGAGAGGAAAUUGGUAUGAACAUGAAAGCAACGAAUCAUCCUUACGAUUUUGGUUUCAAAAUAAAUUCCCCAGGAUAGCUCUGUGUUGUGCUGUAGAACCUCCUGUGUGUAAAGACAAUAUGUUGUUGGAUUUCAAGUUGAGUGUUCUUAUCAAUGGCACUGAGCAAUUCACUUCUUCAUGCAACUACAUAUUUUCUGCUGAACAAAUAAUUAUUCUGUGUGACUUAGUGUGCAAAGUUGAAAGAUCGUAUUUAGAGCAUGAAUGGAAUCAAGUAGAUAUUUUAUAUGAGUUUAAAUACCUUAUGCCAUGUGGCUCUAAAAGAAUAAUGGCUACCCAUGAGAUGACCACAACAAGAAAUCCAAGUUGGUCCUUCAUUUAUGCCUAUGAAGAAGAUAACAAAGUGGGUAUCAGAUUUCUCUCCCAGUUUGUGGAAUGCGUAGAGCAGCACAGAAGAAAUAUAGCAAAUUAUUGGUUUGGUUCAGUACUUUACAAAAGAUCUUUCUCUCCAUUGGUCGAAAAAGAGAGAUUUGUCUUUCCCGAACUGAAAUUAAAAUUAUUUAAUUUAAUGGUCGAAAAGAUAGUGGGACCAGCGAUUGGGAUCGAUCUCGGAACCACAUACUCAUGCGUCGGUGUAUGGAAACAUGACCGUGUUGAAAUCAUCGCCAACGACCAAGGUAACAGAACCACACCGUCUUACGUCGCCUUUACCGACUCAGAGCGUCUCAUUGGUGAUGCCGCUAAGAAUCAAGUCACCAGGAACCCUAUCAACACCAUCUUCGAUGCUAAGAGGUUGAUUGGCCGUAGAUUCAACGAUGCCUCUGUUCAGAGUGAUAUGAAGUUGUGGCCAUUUAAGAUUAUUUCUGGCCCGUAUGAAAAGCCUAUGAUUGGUGUUAACUACAAGGGUGAAGAUAAGCAAUUUUCCGCAGAAGAGAUCUCUUCCAUGGUACUCACGAAGAUGCGUGAGGUUGCUGAGGCCUACCUUGGCUCUGCCAUUAAGAAUGCCGUUGUUAGUAUCCCUGCUUAUUUUAAUUUUAAUCACAGACAAGCUACUAAGGAUGCCGGUCUUAUUUCUGGUCUUAAUGUCCUGGGAAUUAUCAAUGAGCCCACUCCUGCAGCCAUUGCUUAUGGUUUUGACACGACCAGCUUUGGAGAGAAGAAUGUCUUGAUCUUUGACCUUUGCGGUGGUACUUUUGAUGUCUGUUUGCUAACUAUUGAAGAGGGUAUCAUUGGGGUUAAAGCUACAACCGGAGACCCCCAUCUUGGAGGUGAGGAUUUUAAUAACAGAAUGGUGAAUCACUUUGUUCAAGAGUUCAAAAGAAAGAACAACAAGGACAUCAGUGGCAACCCAAGAGCUCUUAUGAGGUUGGGGACUGCUUGUGAGAGGGCGAAGAGAGCUCUAUCAUCUACUGCUCAGACCACCAUUGAAAUUGAAUGUCUAUUCGAGGGAAUUGAUUUCUGCUCCUUCAUUACUCGUGCCACAUUUGAAGAGCUCAACAUGGAUCUCUUUAGGAAAUGUAUGGAGCAAGUUGAGAAAUGUUUGAGAAAUGCUAAGAUGGACAAAAGAAGUGUCCAUGAUGUUGUCCUUGUAGGAGGUUCUUCUUUUGUUAAGAUUGUUUUGAUUUUUUUCAUAUUGAUUAAGAUCUGUUUGUUCACUUUGCAUGUUGUUGAUGGCUUCUUAAUUCUUUCUCUUUUCCCUGUUCUUUUUUGUGAAAUGAGUAUUGUUUUUCCUAUAAUCAUGUUAUCAAUGCGAAAUAUCAACCCAACUUUGCUGAUAUCUAAUCUCUGCCGGUGAACCUGGCUCGCCACCUCUCCCAACCGCAUUUUUCUCAUACCCAUUGGUCGAACAUGAGACCUUGUUUAAGAGACCAGUGUCUAGUUAAUGUCAAUUUGUUUAUUCUAAUACAUUAACAAGUGUAUAUUGUGGAAGCUUUGUAUUUUUGUUAAAUUUUUAUGUCUUUUAGGGUGUGAUAGGUAGGUGCAUGCUUAAUGAUGUUGAUGAAUUUGAAAUGGUUUUGUUGAUAACAUUUUGGUUACAAUUUACAAGGAAUUUACGGUUCAUUUAUUUUAAUGCAUUUGAGACGUAUGCAACUUUUUUCGAUAUUUUUUGAAAUAAAUUGAAAUGUCUUUCUGGAUGGACACUUAAACUCUGAUUCGUAAGAAAAUUUAAGCUGUCCCCUGUUCUCACUUGUGUGGUGCUACAAAUUGUUCAUGAAUCUAUUUAUAUGACCUCAAGAAAAUUUGAGUUUUAUUGUAUCAUAUUAUAUAAUAUUUAAAUAUCAUCAUCAAUGUUCAUGAGGGGUAACCUUGGCACAACACAACUGGUAAAGUUGUUGUCAUGUGACUGGAAGGUCACGGGUUCAAGUCCUGGAAAGAACCUCUUGUGUAAAAAUCAGGGUAAGGCUGCGUACAAUACACCAAAUGGUGGAACCCCUUCUCGAACCCUGCGUAUAUGGGAGCUUUAGUGCACCGGGUUGCCCUUUUUUAGCACAUGAAUUCAGAAAUGCGAUUAAUAUCACAGGUUUCAUGAAACAUUUAUUAAGGGUAUGUUAGGAAAAAGUAACGAAUACUUCAUUGAUAUUGCAGAACAGCAUAUAACAUGAGACAAUUUCUUUUUUGUUAAAAUGACUUAUAAUAUGGGACAGAGGAUGUGAAGCUUUAUUCAUUCAAAAUCCAUAAGAAAUUAUUUUCUGUUGCGCAAAUGCAAAAUAUUUUAGUCAUAGGAGAUGGUUAGAAUGCCGUACAAAAAAGGGAGAAUAGAAUGAGAGAGUAGCAAUGAAAUAUUGAUAGUGACACGGGGAUAUAUUUGACAAUGUUAUAGUGCAUCUGUACUAUGACUAUUUAUAAAUAGAGGUGUCUGCCAAAUUCAUCAAGAAGAAUGCAAACAAUUUUGAUAUAAACCGAUUGCAACUCUUUCUUCAAAAUAUGAAUAACUUACAUUAUGGCAUUUUCUACUGUUGGAACUCCAGACUAUAUUGCUCCAGAAGUGUUACUGAAAAAGGGUUAUGGCUUGGAGUGCGACUGGUUUGUUGAUAUUCUUUUUCAUUUGCUUGAGCUGCAUCUCUUUAUUUUAUGUUUUGGUAGUUUUCCCAUAUUCGUUGACACUACAGGUUGUGCAUGGAUUUUUAUAUCUUUUGCUUUGACUUGGUUCAAUUACGUUGAAAUUGUGAUAUUCGUUGUAAUCGUCUUAAUAGGUUGAACAACCAAUGCCAGCUGGAUCCGGACCCAUCAGAAAGAUGCUUUUUACUCAAGAUCUCAGUUUUGUUGGCUAUACAUAUAGGAAUUUUGCAGCUGUCAAAGGGAAGCGUCAUUCUAUUGAAAAGGGAAGCGUGUCACCACGAUCAUCAGUCGACUCUACACACAGUAAUAAAACCUUUUUCAGCUUUGAUAACUACUUCUAUGUCUAUUCAGUUAUGGGACUCAAACCAACCAGUUUUGUUCUAGGUGAUUCUGUAAUAAACUAUUCCACCUGAUACUCAAUGGACAUCACCAAAGCAUAGGUGGUUGCACCCUAUGGUGCUUGUGAAGAGUGACCUAACCUUAUUGUAAUGUACAUUAUGACCUUCUCGUGUUGCAAAUAGAUGGAGAUUCACCUUCUUCGAUGAUGGUGUCUUUUCGCCUUAGUUUCAGUGCUAACGGACAUCUAUCAUGCAGAACCUAGUGUACAGGGAUUGAUAUCUAUGUAUGUACCACUUGAUGAAUGGUUCACUUGUUGUUGAUGUUUGUAAAUUAGAAGAUGCCCAGGUUGGCAAAUUAGAAGAAAAAUGUGUCAUCACUUGUGGCAACUUCUGACCCUUUUUUCCUCAAUUCUCUCUCUUUUUUUUAACCCCUUUUGUUAUGCCUUGUCUUCAAGCUCCGAUUGUUUUUAACCCCUUUUGUUAUGCCUUGUCUCCAAGCUCCUAUUGUACUUCCAUCAUAAUAGCAAAUAACUUUUUACUGCUAUCAAUUUAGAUGAAGUUCAAGUUGUUGUGACUUGUGACAUUUGUAAUGUUGACAUAAUGAAAAAAAUGAUAUCAAAUAUCAAUGGAAACUUUGUUAUGAUUCUGA